CGGGAGCGUCCAGAUUCUCACGUUGUUUUGAUAGUUUUCAGAUUUCUUGCUGAAGUGGGCGUAAAAAGCUGCGUGAAAAGCCAACUACGCCCAUGAAACAACACCAUGGCUAAGCAGUACGAUGUGCUCUUCCGACUCCUGCUCCUCGGGGACUCCGGGGUUGGAAAAACAUGUUUGUUAUGCAGAUUCACGGAUAACGAAUUUCACCCUUCCCACAUCUCCACCAUCGGAGUCGACUUCAAAAUGAAGACGCUACUAAUAGAUGGUAUCAAAGUUCGAAUACAGAUAUGGGAUACAGCGGGCCAGGAAAGGUACCAGACCAUUACCAAGCAGUACUACAGACGAGCACAGGGAAUCUUUCUGGUGUAUGAUAUCACGAGUGAGCGAUCUUUCCAGCACAUCAUGAAGUGGGCCAGUGAUGUGGACGAGUAUGCUCCAGAUAAAGUCCAGAAGAUUCUGGUCGGGAACAAGUCAGACGACGUGGAGAAGAGGCAGGUGGCCACAGAGCAAGGCGUCAAGCUGGCCAAGGCCUAUGGAAUGGACUUCUUUGAGACAAGUGCCUUCACCAAUCACAACAUAACAGAGUCUUUUACACGACUGGCUGAGCAGGUGCUGGCGGCCAACAAAAAGGACCUGGAUCUACUCCGGAUAUCCCUCAACGACGAGCUGAAUCUCACUGCUCUGGAGGAGGAGGAGGGACUAUGUGACGAUACGAGUGGCGACCAGCAGAAAGCCUGCUGGUGUUAAAGAACCGUGGCCAUCUGCCUCCAAACAUCGGUGGAAAAAUCUGCUUGAUUUUCGUCUUUAAUCUGAUAUAAAUGAGGCCAACUUUAAAUCAGAUUUUCAGGUCCACCAAAUGGAUCACCUUUUCAAGGAUACAUAGAGAGACAUUUUGCCUUAAUGCCCUUGGUGUAUGACAAAGAGUUUUCGGCAAAGUUCAGAGUCACUUUAAUAAAAUGCAAUUCCUAUCCGACAAUUUGGCACAAAUGUUUCCAGGAUGGGUGUAAAUGUAGAUUUGACAUUUCUUUUUUUAAAAAUACAAUUUUUGUCACAUUUUCAUCUCUAGAUUAUUGGAUGUGACUGAUUUUAAUUAUUUCACCACAUUAAUUUUUAUUAUGAACUGUAAUAAAUUGUCUGAUAUUGAUCAUUGGGCUGGCUACUGCCCAAAAUGGAGCAAGUACUCUAUUGUUGACUGGUUAGACUGUUGUGUGAAAUAUUACCACAAGAGGGUGCUAGAGGGUGUUAGAAAAGCAUCACUGGAGAUUAUUUAUGUCCAAUUAUAAUAUUUGAUCAAAGGCUUUCAGUUUUAAUUCCCUCCAUUGCAUUUUUGUUUUAUCACACUGAUAAAAGCUAUCUUUAAUGAACAUAAAAUAUUCAUUUAUUAAUUUUCUUGCUUUGAUUUCUUGUAAAGCAACCUGUUAAGUCGAGGUGUUUGACAGUAGCUUGGUGAACAAAAUUAAAAAAAUUCUGUUUCCCUGUAGCAAAACAGAAUGUAUUUUUCUAUGUUCUCUGUUUGAUUAGCAUGAAAGAAGCUGCGCCCUAAACAGCUCCUUGCAUUGUACAUAUCAGGUGUUUUAAAGCAAAACUGAUGUUCAUGAAUUUUACCACAAUAAUGUUAGAAAUUGUUACAAAGAGCCCUAAAAAACAGACUUUACUUUGUGGAGAAAAUGUCUUGGGUUUUGUGUCUUUGUACAGAGUUUUGGAUGCAGUUUUCUCCACCCCCCCCCCCCCCCCCCCCCCUCCCCGCCAUUUCAGAAGGAACAAGUGAAACUUUUGCAUGUAGGUCACAUUUCUUUCCUUUUUUACUGCAACUUCAGUGAAGUUAAUCAUCUACUCAGCAUAACACAAGCAGAGCAUUUGACCAGAGUUGCCUCUUUGAAGGUCACACAGUAUUUAUCAUUUAAAAGAGAGCUUGACCUACUACAUUUUUGCAACUUGGUAUGACUAAAUGCUACUAAAACAAGUGUUAAUGUGUGCCAUGUGCGAUAUGAUAGUAUGUGGUAUUGAGUGAUGUAGGCUGUAGAUACACAAGGUAUUAUUGUGUUGCUUUUCAGGACCUCUAUUUUCUUCCUCUUGUAAACUACUUAAGUGGUAAUUGUGGAACUAUAUUAAAUGCAAACAUGUAAAAUGCAACUUGUUAUUCUUGGAGAAAAUAUGCCGAAUGUGUCUGAGUAAAUAUUUGAAGAUUUGUGA